CCCGUGUCUCCGCCCCCACCCUCCGCUAAACAACUCCAUUCUAGCAUCUACUGUGCCGCCUGGGCUACGCUGAGCAUGCAGCGGAGAGCGCAGGAGGACGGGGAGGCGCGGCCCCCGGCGGCUCAGGAGGGCGAGGUGCGCUUUCCGGGGCCCCGGCCUAUGCGUCUGCUGGAAUGGAAAGUCUCUACGGGCACGUCCGUACAGAUAGGCUCGGUGCUGGCCUUGGGGCUCAAUAUCCCCACCGCGGAGAGCAGAGAGAAGCGUGGCCCGCAGGAGGAGGCGGCGGUUGGGAGGCCGCACAGACCCCCUGAGAGGAAAGUCAAGUCGGACCGGGCCGGAGUGGUGCUGGAGCUGUGUGUGAGGCCGGGACAGGUCGUGUGUGCGGGUGGUGUUUUGGUGAGAUUGUCGGGCUGUAACCAUCCUGUGGUGAUGAAAGGCUUGUGUGCAGAAUGUGGUCAGGACUUGACACAGUUACAAAACAAGAAUGGCAAGCAGCAGGUGCCGUUGUCAACAGCUACUGUUUCCAUGGUUCACAGUGUCCCAGAACUCAUGGUCAGCUCAGAGCAAGCAGAACAGCUGGGUCGUGAAGACCAGCAUAGAUUACAUCGAAAUAGGAAACUUGUUCUCAUGGUUGACUUGGACCAGACAUUAAUCCAUACUACAGAACAGCACUUCCAACAUAUGUCUCGAAGGGGAAUUUUUCAUUUCCAGUUAGGGAGAGGAGAACCAAUGCUGCACACCCGCCUGCGUCCUCAUUGUAAAGAUUUUUUGGAGAAAAUUGCUAAGCUGUAUGAGUUGCAUGUUUUCACCUUUGGUAGCAGGCUUUAUGCACAUACUAUUGCAGGGUAUUUAGAUUCUGAGAAGAAACUGUUCUCUCAUCGAAUAUUAUCUCGGGAUGAAUGUAUUGAUCCAUUUUCCAAAACGGGAAAUCUUAGUAAUCUUUUUCCUUGUGGGGACUCUAUGGUUUGCAUUAUAGAUGAUCGAGAAGAUGUGUGGAAAUUUGCACCCAAUUUAAUUACAGUUAAAAAGUAUGUCUACUUUCAAGGCACAGGGGACAUCAAUGCCCCUCCUGGUUCCAGGGAGGCACAGAUAAAGAACAGAGUAAGCGGUCCAAAAUCUAGUGCGGUGCAGCCAUCUGAACCAACUACACAGUUUUCUGGCCAGUCCAAGGACAUACCUGUAGAGGAACAAAGCAAUGGACUUGGGAAAACCAGUAAAGAACUUAAUGGUGAUCCUCCAAGCAGCAAUCUUAAACCGGAGUCUGAUGCUAGUGAUGGACUACAAGAACAAGACUCUUUGUCAAGUCAACAUACUGACAUCAUUUCUGAUGUCAAGGAUUCAACGCAGCCGACAGAAGUAAAGCCACCUCUUGAUCAGGAUGAAAGGACGGUAGUUUCUAAAUCUCUAGUAAAGACUGGGGCUGCAAAAGACUUAGACUUUGACCUUUCCAGUGAUAGUGAUAGUGAGACUGAAAAUAGGAAAACACCGUCCCCUCCUUCACCUGGGAGUGAAAAUGAAUGUAAAAAAAAUAAAAAGUCAGAACAUUUAGACCAGGAAUCUGGUGUGUUACAGGAAUCCAGCACACAAGAUUUACCUGAAAAACCGUGCACUGAGAACCAUAACAGUGGUGAAAAACUGACAUUGGAAGCAAAAGAUAAACUGCUUACCGGAGAGGACAAUAUAGAAGUUCAGGGGGUGGAUCAAGAUGGCCUUUGUGACUUGGGUAAUGGUUGUACAGACAAGAAAGAGAUAGAAACUGAGUCCCAAAAUAGUGAGCAGUCUGGUAUUACAGUAGGAGAGUCACUAGAUCAGAGUAUGGAAGAGGAUGACGAUGAUGGUGAUGAUGUGGAUGAAGAUGAUCAUUUAAUAUACCUUGAGGAGAUUCUUGUUAGGGUACACACAGAUUACUAUGCAAAGUAUGAUCGAUUUCUGAAAAAAGAGUUGGAUGAGACUCCUGAUAUUCGUAAAAUAGUGCCAGAGCUGAAAAGCAAAGUUUUGGAAAACACAAUGAUUGCAUUCAGUGGCCUUCAUCCUACAAACUUUCCUAUUGAGAGGACACGGGAAUACUAUCAUGCCAGAGCUCUGGGCUCAAAGAUCAGCAAACAACUGGUUUUAAAUGACGACGGACCAAACCGGGUGACCCACCUUAUUGCAGCAAGGGCAGGUACUGAAAAAGUUAAGCAAGCUCAGAACUGCAAACAUCUUUAUGUUGUGAACCCAGACUGGCUUUGGAGUUGCCUGGAGCGAUGGGAAAAAGUAGAAGAGCAACUCUUUCCUUUAAAAGAGGAUUACCUAAAGUCUCAGAGAGCACUUAGCCCUUCUACCUUUCCAGACAUUCACACUGCGUUUCAGACUCCACUCUAUCAUCCUACCCCUAUUCACCCCAUAACUCGGCCAGGUCCAGAAGUUCGACAGUAUGACCCAGUUACUGGCAAGCUUAUUCGAAAAGUAUCACAGGAUUCCAGUCAAUCGCCAUAUAUUCAGUCACCGUGCCCAUCUCUCGGCCUAGCUGUCCAUGGAGAACACUCAUCCUUCAGAGUUGUUCAGCCCAGUCAAGAACAACUGUUUGAUGAUGAAGAGCUGCCUACAGCAAGUGCAGAGGAGGAACAGUCUGGUCCAGCUCGAAGAAAGCGUCAGCCUAGCAUGUCUGAAAGUAUGCCUUUGUAUACACUUUGCAAGGAAGACUUAGAGAGCAUGGACAAGGAAGUUGAUGACAUUUUAGGAGAAGGAAGUGAUGACAGUGACAGUGAGAAGAAGAAGUCUGUAAAGGUUAAGAAGUCACAGAAUACAAAACAAGAGAGUUCAGAGAAAACCUCAGGAACCAGGGCGGAAUCGUCUUCAUCAAGUGAGCAAAGCCUGUCGGACCAAACGCCACGAGGUCACAAGAGAAAACUGGAUGUGGAUGAGGAGGAUGCGGAAGACGAUAGAGCGAGCGAGUCCAGCAAUGAGGAAGGAAGCAGUUCGGAAGCUGAUGAGAUGGCAGCAGCAAUUGAAGCAGAGCUUAAUGAUUUCAUAUGACAUCUUUGUCAUUAGGGAAAACAUCAGUAACCUGUGUCUUUGCAUAUUUACACACAAUGACCUUUCAUGUCUGCUACUUCAGUGUAUGUAUGGAUUUUUUUUCCAUGACAGAAGUAUCUUUUUGUAUAUUUUGAUGGGAACACAUUAUUUUACACAUUUCAGGUUACUUCUUUUAAAGGUGUUUUAGUUAAGGAAGCUAAACAAUUUUUCAUCUUGUUUCUUAAAGGAGAAGUGUUAACGGGAGAGGUUGUGCUAUGCCAAAGACGUAAAGCUUUUGUCUGAGCUUUCUAGACUUUGACAGGGGGCUGUGCUUUGUGUCGUUUGUUUUAAAAUUGAUUUUUGUCUUGAUUUUCAGAAAGGGGUUUGAGGGGGAGCACAGUCCAACAGUGGACAAAAGCUCAAUCACAUGGGAAGGACACUUUAAAGUGGAACUCCAGGAGAAAAACAUUUUUGAUUGGUCCUAAGUUACCUGUAAUACUGGAUGUACUGAAUCCGGAUACGUGUUGCGGAUGUAUUUUAGUUGUAUUCUUGCCAGAAAGUACCAUUUGCUUUUAAAUUUCGCCUAUGGUGCUUGGGUGUUCCAGUGCUUGUACAGUGAAGGAUAGUUUUGUUUACUCUCCCCCUUCCUCUCCUCCCUAAUUCAUUUAUAAAAUGCUGUGUAUUCUUUUUACAGAAUACAAGGCGUGCUGUGAUUGGACAAGGAGAGAGGAAGGACAGAUGAACAGCGGGAACACCUCUUGUUUAAACACAUAAUGACUUGUAUUGUGUGAAAAGAUUAAAAAUGUUUUAUAAAUGGAGGAAAGGGUAAAUUCACACCAUCACUGUACAAGCGACGGAACUCGUAGCACUAGAGCUGGAAGAUCCAAGCUGAUGGUAGGAUCUGGCAUUAGUACAAGUAAAUUUUGCCUCCUCAGCAGCCAUCUGGGCAACGCUUAUUCAGUAUUAGAGGUAACUUGACAAGACUGAUCAAAAGUGGUGAAAAAAGUUUCCUUGGAGUUGCACUUAAAUCUGUAUGUGUGCUUUCCAGGUGUAUAUAUAUAAAUAUAUCAAACAUAAGACUUUUUUUUUAAAAGGAAUACAAUAUAUAUAUAUUUGUAUAGAUCUAGAAAAUGUGAUAUGAGAAAAUUGUAAACGUGACAGACUUGUCACUUGCCUCUAACUAAUGUCACUGAGUACGUUUCUUGUUUUUACACAUUCCUCUGUGCAUUAGUUUGGAUUUGUUAGAAAAGCAGUGAUUAGAUUUUUAACCUUUACCUCCCUGCAAGUGUGUAUGGCUGCCGAGUGUGGCAGUGUACCACUGUCACAGGGAACGUAUAUAUUGGAUUUUCCCUAGGCAGAGGAAAUCACUGCUACAGCUUAACAUGCAAUAGGGUUUUAUUCAAUUGAGAGAAUUAAUGUAAAGUUUUUGUAUAUUCUAUUUCAUAUUUGACCCACAGAGCAGAUUUCUUUCAUUUAAUAAAACAAUUCAUUUUGUAUA